AUGCCGCCGCAAACACCCGAGCACGAGCUGCAAGAGUACUACGACGAGGACAAUGGCCCCACGAUCCUCACCGUCACCGUGAGCGUGACGUCGGUUGCGCUCUGCUUUGUCGUUGCGCGCAUGACGAGCCGGUACCUCGCGCUGCGGAAACUAAGCAUCGAUGACUAUCUCGUCAUACUCUCGGCGGUUCUUAGUGUCGCGUACAUUUGCCUAACAGCGGCCGCGAUCCACUUUGGCGGCGGCAAGCACGCGGUGGCCCUGGAGCCCGAGGAUCUCAGUCGAUCCGUGCUGCUGAUCAACGUUGCCUUCGUCCCCGGCGCUCUCUCGUUUACGAUUCCUAAAUUCGCCGUUGUCAUCCUCCUCACGAAAAUCCUCGACCCCGGUCCUCUCCAUCGGCGGAUCCUUCUCGUCAUCAGCGUGGGAUACGGGUUGACCGUCGUCGGCUUGCUCGUGGUCAACUUUGUCCAGUGCUCGCCACCGGCUGUUCAGUGGGGAAAGGCCGAAGGCACCUGCUGGAGUCGGCAGGUCAUUACCAUCUACUCUUUAGUUGUUACAGGUAAACUGAAAGAGGUUGAGGAUUUUACCUGUAAGUACCCUGAUGCUUCAACUCUCCAGGAACGCGCCCCGGGCUGCGCGACCCGAACCAAGGAUCACAUCGAGGCGAACUGCGUCGUCAUUGGGGCCUGCAUCCCUACCCUGUACCCGCUCCUCAAGAAGGUGUUUGGGUCCCGGGUCCUCGGCGGAACCGCUCCCGCGGCGAGCCUCCCGACCCUCCACGUCGAAGAGGUGCCGGCGCCACCAGAACGGCGGCGAGCCAGUGUCUUGGCUGCUUUGCACCCGGCGGCAGUAGCGGCGCACAUUGGCUUAGCUGUUGGUCUCAAGAGGAGUCGUGCUCUGCGGUACCCAGCGACACUCGACCUAUAG